AUGAAUCAGUACAAGAUUAAUCUUCUUGAUUUGCCUAAUGAAAUAUUACUUAUUAUUUUAAAAAAACUUGAUAAUAUGGAUGUACUUUAUUCAUUGUUUGAUCUUAAUAAUGAACGACUUGAUAAAAUAAUAGAAGAAAAUACUUUUACUAAUAAUCUUAAUUUUGUAUUAAUAACAUUAACUGAUGAUGUGUUAUCAAUUUCUGAUUCAAUAAUUGAUCGAUUUUGCAAAAAUAUAUUGCCAAAAAUACAUUAUAAUGUUAAAUCUCUUAUUCUUAAUGCAUUAUCUAUGGAACGUAUCCUUUUUGCUGCUGAUUAUCCUAAUUUAAAUAAACUUAAAAUCUUUAAUUUUAACGAUACAAUUAUUUUACAUUAUUUUACAAUUAAAUCACCAUUUCGACAUAUUUUUCGACAACAAAUUACAGAUCUUAUUCUUGUAUUUGAAAAUAAUUUUAAUGGAAUAUCAUGGAAACAUUAUACAACGGAUGUAUAUAAAUAUAUAUUGAGAUUUUUCAAAAAUCUUAAACAUUUAUCUAUUACUGGAUUAGUUCCUGAAUAUUUUCCAUCUUUGGUACUUUGUAAUUUAUCUUUAACGACUUUUCAUUCUUCAACUCUUCAUAAAUUAUCUAUUCAUGUUAUGUUUUAUGAUGAUCUUCUUGUUUUACUUGAUGGUCGUCUUAAACAAUUAAAUACAUUGAAUGUUGUUAUUAUUAAUGCAGAAUAUAAUUCAAGAAAUGUUUAUAAUAUGAAUAAUCUACCCGAUUUGAAAUGUUUCUAUUUACAAUAUAAUUGUGAUAGUAAUACAUAUUAUAAUCAUAUUUUACCUCUUUUACGUCAUAUGUCAAACAUUGAACAAUUAAAUUUACUUCUUACUUUUGGAAAUCAAACUACAUUUAUUAAUGGUAAACAUAUUUAUGAUGAAAUUAUUGUUCAUAUGUCACGACUUCGUAUAUUUAACUUUUGUUUUUGUACAUAUAUGCAAUUGUAUCAAUCAAUUGAACAUUUAUCUAAAGAUGAUAUUCUAGAAACUUUUUCUAAUAAUAUAUAUCAACAGGUAGACUGUAUGAUCAGGUAUCGAGAUCCUGAUAUCAAAUAUCAUGUAUUUUCAUUACCAUUCAUGUUUGAUUAUCUUCCUUUUAUUGAUAAUAAAUUUUCAAAUAUUAUUUUCAAUCAUGUUAUAAAAUUGGAAGUAGACGAUGGAAUUCCAUUCGAACAUGAAUUUUUCAUGCGAAUUUCCUUGUCUUUUCCUUCACUUAAAUUAUUACGUGUUCUUAAUCUCAAGCGACAAACAUCAAUAUCAAAUAAUAUAAGUUCAAAUGAUAAUCAAUUACAU